UCACUCCAUAAAGCUCAACCACUUUUCCGGCAAACAUGCUUUCUCCGAAAGUUCUCCUUAUCUCCGCCGUCCUUCUUUUCAUGGCGUUGGGAAUUAAGGUCUCUAUUCCAUUCGCUACCACCCAACUCUCUCUCCUCUGGAGCUUCUUCCUCACGUGUUUGAAGCCUCUUUACCUCUACAUCAUUAUCAACACCAUCAUCAUCUCCAUCGUCGCCUCCUCCAUGUACCACCGACCGGAGACAACUCCCCCGCCCCUCCCUGCUUAUAAGAUGACAUCUCCACCGUCGACGCGGGUUCGGAAGGUGAAGCCCGUGCUGGUCGAAGAACAAGAGGAGGAGGAGAAAGCAAUCGAUCCAGGAAUGCCGCUUAUGAGGAUGGACUCGACGGAGUUUCCACCGGAAUAUCCAUCGCCGACGGAGAAACCUCUCAUUUCUGCUAAGUUCGGUCACCGGAAAACCCUCAAAUCGAAUACUGAAGGUGGAAGGGCGUUGAGGGUGGCAAGGCCGAAACGGCACGAGACGUUUGAGAACACGUGGAAGACUAUAACGGAAGGUCGACCAAUGCCGUUAAGGAGACACAUGAAAAAGUGUAACACGUGGCAAAACCGCGGCAGCACGGGCCCACUGGAGUCAACUCCUGUGACUGUGGAGAAAUCUGAGACGUUCAAUGAUCGGACCAAUCAGGCUGAAGUGUCUGUGUCUGUGCCUGUGUCUGGUGGGAAGCUGCUGAGGAAAGAGCCGUCGCUUAGUCAAGACGAGUUGAAUCGGCGCGUGGAAGCGUUCAUAAAAAAGUUCAACCACGAUAUGAGGUUGGAAAGACAAAAAUCCUUAAAUCGGCUCAUGCAGAUGAAUGAGAUGACCGACUGAGGUACAUAGGGUAUAUAGUUUUGGAAACCUAUUUUCUAGGAAUAUAUAUAUAUAUAUAUUUGCCAGAAAGAAAAUAAAUGCAGAUAUUUCAAAAAGUGUAGAGUAGCGUAUAUAGUCUUUGCCGUAUAAGUUUAUGGUUGAGUUAAGAGUCAUAGUCAUGAUCACUUUUUUAUUUUUUUUAUUUUUUUCUAUGGUCCACAUAUGAAAAAUGUGGUUCAAGUUCAUCAUAUAUAUAUAAGGAAAGAAAUACACACACAAAAUCUUAUAUAUGGGGAGGGAACUUAAGGAUAUUAUUGUUCUCUGAUUAAUAGCAAGAAUGGACGUAUGUGAUGUAGAAUUUGACAUUUUAUUAGUUUUCUUUCUUAUGAUUUGUUCAGUUUUUUAAGCAUGUCUCUUGUUAUGUACAUGAUUUCACUGGCC